AUGGGUGAGGCAUACGACCCAACGACCAUCUUCAGCCCCAGCCGAGAGUUGGCAGCCCGUAUCGGGAACCAGAAGCCCCGACAAAAAACAAUCCCAUCGUCCUCAUUCUAUCGCAACCUGGAAGACGCACUAGAAGUUAAGAAGAAGUCACACACAUUCUAUUCGAUCCAACAGAACCUAUGGCAAGCAGCUGAGUCAAUAGUCGACUUCAUCUCCAACGACAUUCUCUCUUUUGGCACCAGCGGCAUCUUGAAGACAGAAUACCUGAAAGAGCUUUCCCGAUAUGAUCAACACAACCCCGGGGCGCCGGGAUCGCGACUCGCCGAAGGAAACUACGCCUAUAUAGAAGAAACUGAGCAGCACAUCGCUAAAUUCCAUGGCGCAGAAACGGCAUUAUUGUUGGCCUCUGGGUUCGAAGCAAACGUGGCCAUAUGGACGUCAAUACCACGACCGGGCGACGUAAUUCUAUACGAUACCUUGGUGCAUGCCAGCACUCAUGAAGGAAUUGACCAGAGUCUGGCAGGAGAACGAGAGAGUUUUGCGCACAAUGACAUCGAGGACUUUCGCCGCAUCCUAACAUGGAUCAUAGAGUCCAAUCCGUUGAUCCAAAGGGGCGCAAGAUCAGUCUUGGUAGCUGUCGAGUCUGUCUAUAGUAUGGACGGUGAUGUCUGCCCAUUGCAAGAACUUGUCGAUGCCGCGAAAGAACUGGCUCCUUCCGGAUGUGUCCAGUUCGUGGUGGACGAAGCCCAUAGCAAUGGCAUCUAUGGGCCGCAAGGCAAGGGUCUUGUGUGCGCUCUUGGUCUGGAAAAAGAGGUGGCUAUAGUGAUGCAUUCAUACGGCAAGGCAUUGUCGUCAAGAGGCGAACAAACUGGGCUGCUCGCCAUCCCCCUACUAAAAGACUGGGAAGGAUCACCAACGGCGACAUCCCACAUCAUCACGAUCCGCACCCGACAGCAAUACACAUACUGGCUGUACUUCCACCUCCUCCUAGACGGCUACUGCGUGUUCCCAGUCGAGCACCCUGUCGUCGCCAAGGGCGAAAGUCGCUUAAAGGUUACAUUCCACGCCGGCAACACGGAAGAGCAAGGAUGGAGUAGCCUGGUCAACCGGGCGUAA